AUGUCUCUGCCGACUCCCUUUACCCCAGAUAGCGAGUUCACCUCGCUCGAGACUCCGCGCGGUGGCAGCGGCAGUCUGUCCAUCACAGCUCUCGCCCGCUUCGAGUUCGAGGCAGGCAAGGGGAACGAUGGCACCAAGAUCCUGAUGGUCGAGUGGGAAGACGAUGACUGGAGUCGCUCGUCGUUCUCGCCUGGUGGCUCCUGGAGCGUGGAAUGGGAGGGCAAGAAGGCCAUUCUUCCGGCCGACGAAAAGGCCGGCAAUAACACUCGACGACUGUACUUUCUCCUACCGCCACAUGUCACGAUCCCACCAGCGAUAAAUCUUUCAUAUAACCCGCCGAACACCCCGUCCGACGCCGAAAAGCCAAAUCCUAUACAACUAAACCCGCUCCCCGCUAUAUUUCCACCCGAGCUCGGGGCCGAUGGCCGGUCGGCUGGCAAGAAGGGUGUUUUGCACACCAUCUGGGCCAAGAAGCGGAUGCAGGUACUUGAGAAGGAGAUCCGCGAGGAGUCCUUGAACAAUGUCGAGGGAAUUGCCUUGCAUAUGGCCGUUCAAGAAAAGGAAUGGAUUGAGGACAAUUUUGGGCUGGGGCCGGAUGCUCACAAAAAUUCCGUGCAGAACCAAGAUCCGAACUAUCCAAUGGGACCAGCGACGCCUGUAUCGCCGGGCGCUGGAGGAAAGCUUGGAGAGAAGUUGCGGGGUCUCAAACUACAGACAAGCCAACGGGAACUCUCUGCGACGGAAGGAUCGCAUCUGCUUUCCCCGCAAUCCCCUGACGUCGCCGUGUCUUCAUUCAAUUCAUUCCACAGUAUGCAGCCGUCUAUACCAAGGUCUACUCCCCCCUCGAAUCCCACCUCCAACCCGGCCCCGGAAUCCGUAAAGACGGUAGCUCAUUACCCCCCGGAGUCUCUCCAAGCCCAGCAAAGCGCGGGCUUCAGCAGGGGGUUCGCAUCGAUGGGCGCGGUUGCGCCCAGCACCAGCUCAGGCUCAGAUUCUGGCGAGGACCUGUUCGCCAAGGCAUUGAGCCCGAGGUCUCCAGACCUACCACGAAGUCCAUUCUCAUUUAGCCCUGAAACUCUGCACAUGUGA